AUGGAGCGAGAGGAGCGAGAGGAGGAGGAUGGGGCGGACGAGGAGGAGGAGGAGGAGAAGGUUACCGAGCUCAUCAUCGCGCAGCUCCUGUACCUGAACUACGAGUCUGCAGACAAGCCGAUCACCCUCUACCUCAACAGCACCGGCUCCACGAUCAAGAACAACACGCGGUAUAUCGGCGAGUCUAAAGUCGGGCUGGAAACAGAUGCCUUCGCCAUCGCGGAUUGCAUGGCGUAUAUCAAGCCUGACAUACAGACCAUCGCCAUCGGCCAGGCCUAUGGCACGGCGGCAGUGCUUCUGGGCCUGGGCAAGAAGGGCAAGCGUUUUGCGCUGCCGAACGCGACCAUCAUGCUCUCUGAGCCGCGCGAACCACCAGCCCAAGGGCCCCGACAAGCUUCCGACAUCCGGAUCAUGGCCAAGGAGGUGCUGCAGAACCGGUCAACCAUGAGCGAGCUGCUCUCCACCGCCACAGGCAAGAGCAAGGAGCAAGUGGUAGAGGACACAAACCGCUGCUACUACAUGACUCCCGAAGAGGCAGUGGAGUAUGGCCUCAUUGACAAAGUCCUCACUCCCGAGAAGCUCAAGGGAGCCGGUGACAAGAUACUGCCUGGCCCCGACAAGCAGAGUACCGGUUACAGAAGCAAUGAGCAGCAGCAGCGCGGCAGUGUACCGCUCACUGCGAACGCCGAUGCGCGGCAUGCAACAUCGAGAUGGCAGGUGGCACUGUUGUGCUUGGUGGCUUUAGAUGCCGUCCUGGCUCCGUUGAUGGUGCUGUCACCCUUCGCCUUCGACAUGAACUCCUGGUCUACCAGUCAGGUGGUGCACUGGAGCUUCGACAAGUCCAUCGCAGACUGGCCAUUAUUCGCGUGGACCAGGGACGUGCUGAUCGUCGGCUUCCAACUCCAUGCCCGGAAGUUGCAAGACAGCCAGGCCGGUGCGCGGCGGGCGCGGCGAAGCGUCGUGGCCGUCCUCCUAGUUGGCAUCCUCAGGGCAGCCCUGCUCGAUUGGGAGCUGCCAGAUGCGGGGAAGAUCUUCAUGCCGACGGUGGCUUGGGGAACUGUUGCGGCGUUUUCACUUGCAACCGUCUCGCAGCUCUACCUGGUAGCCUGUCGGCGUGCAGCCGCGGCGGCUGAACAGGCGGCUGCCGCGCAGGAGGAUGCAGAUUCGGGCGAGACGCAGUACUCGUCAACACUUUCCUUCAUCCAGACCCUGAAAGUCCUGAAGCCGUACUUCUGGCCGUCAACUGGCAAGCCACAGGAGGUUCUCCUCAACCGCAUUCGGGCCUCGCUGACGUGGUUCUGCGUCGUGCUCUCGAAGGUGUUCAACAUCAUCUCCCCCAUCUAUUUGGCGCGGGCCACCGACGCCCUCAGCGCCGCGUUGCGCCAGACGAGCUCUCCGCAAGAGAUCAGCCAAGAGGUAUGGUGGCCUUUGGUCGAGUACGCAGCGAUGGUCUUUUUCUCCAAGGCCUUGAAGGAGGCACAGUCCCUGGUGUACAUUAAGGUGCAGCAAGCGGCGUACAUUGAGAUCGCCGACAACACCUUUGCCCACCUCCACGGUCUCUCCCUGGACUGGCACCUUAGAAAGAAGAUGGGGAAUGUCAUCCGCUCCAUGGAUCGUGGAAUCCAGGCUGCGCAGCAGACGAUGCAGUACGUCUUCCUCUACCUGGUUCCAACACUCGUGGAGGCUUUCACGGUCACCCUCAUCUUCGUCUUUCACUUCGAGAAUGCCCAGCUGGCCGUCUUCGUGUUCAUGAACCUCUUCAUGUACAUCUACGCCACGGUGAAGGUCACGCUCUGGAGGAAGCAGUUCCGCACAGCGACCACCAAGCACGACAACGAUCUGCACGACCGCCUCACUGACUCCCUGGUGAACUACGAGACUGUGAAGUACUUCACGGCAGAGAGAUACGAGCGCUCGGAGUACCGGGGCCUUGUGGAGAAGUUCCAAAAGACAUCCAUGGCCACGCAGGCAUCGCUGUCCCUGCUGAACGUGCUGCAGCAGCUCAUCGUGAACUUUGCGCUCUGCGGUGGAAUGAUCAUCGCCACUGUGCGCGUGCUGCAGGUCCACGGCAGCCUCGGUACCUUCGUCGCUGUCAACGCGUACAUCAUCAACGUCUUCACGCCCCUGAACUUCUUGGGGACGAUCUACAACAUGGUGGUCAACGCCAUUGUGGACAUGCGGAGUUUCGGGCAGCUCUUGGCAGAGACCUCCGAAGUUCAGGAUGCCAGCAACGCUCCGGAUCUCAACCUCGCGGUGCGUGAGGAUGUGCCGAUGGUUGCCUUCUUCCAGGUGUGCUUCCACUACUCAAAGCAGCCGCUUGGCCGAGCAAUCAAGGACAUCUGCUUCGAGAUUCCUCGCGGGAGCUCCUUGGCACUCGUGGGUUCGACUGGCGCGGGCAAGACUACCAUCACACGCCUCCUCUUCCGUUUCUACGACGUCGUCUCCGGUCAGGUCGCAGUGAACGGCCAGGAUGUUCGCAAGGUCACGCAGCGUUCUCUGCGGGCAGCAAUCGGGAUGGUCCCGCAGGACGUGGUGCUUUUCAACUCCACGAUCGCGCACAACCUGCGAUAUGGCAACAUCUACGAGGCCACGCAAGCAGAUAUUGAGAAGGCUGCGGCCAGUGCACAGCUGGAUGGCUUCAUCGGGCAACAAGCACAGGGCUACGACACCAUCGUGGGUGAGAGGGGCCUCAAGCUCAGCGGGGGAGAGAAGCAGAGGUUGGCGAUCGCCCGCUGUUUGGUGAAGGAUCCGCCGAUUGUAGUGCUGGAUGAGGCCACCUCUGCGCUGGACUCCCAGACGGAGCAGCGCAUCCAGCAGGCGCUGAGCGUUCUCAGCGCGUCGCGGACGGUUGUGGCAAUCGCCCACCGCCUCAGCACCAUCAAGGCCUACGAUCAGAUCUGCGUCCUGGAGUCCGGACAAAUCGUGGAGUCCGGCACGCACGACAGCCUCCUCGAGAGAGGGGAGGCUUAUGCUGCGAUGUGGAAGAGACAGGCUGCUGGAAUCAUGGAAGAUCCAGAAUGGGAGGACGUGCAGGCUGGCAGUCCUAAGAAGGGAGCUGAGAAGGCAGCUGCCAGCUGA